AUGCUAGUGCCAGAGUCUGAGUCUGAGUCUGAGCUCUAUUCUCAGCUCUCUGGGGAAGAUGACAGCUUACUGAAUGCAAACACAGAUCAGAAAAUAAGUGGAAAAGCGUGGGGACGAGUGAAGAAUGUUUUCACGAGAAGACGUAAAUAUCCCGUCAGUAUAUUUUUCAUCCUUGGAAAUGAAUUCUGUGAGAGAUUUUCCUACUACGGAAUGAGAGCCAUUCUGGUCCUGUACCUGACACGAUGGCUCAAGUUCACAGACGAUCAUGCUACAGCGACAUUCCAUACCUUUGUGAUGCUCUGCUACUUCAGUCCGCUCUUUGGAGCCAUCAUUGCUGAUGGUUUUCUUGGGAGGCUCAAAACCAUUUUGUAUGUUUCAAUAAUCUAUGCCAUUGGAAACCUAGUGAUGGCUCUCACUGCGCUUCCUCCACCUGAAAUUAUUGGUCCUAUGAUAGGGUUGAUUCUGAUAGGACUUGGUACAGGUGGAAUUAAGCCAUGUGUGUCAGCAUUUGGUGCAGACCAGUUCAGACCUGAUCAGGAAAAGGAAAGGAACACCUUUUUCUCUGCUUUCUACUUCAUGAUUAACCUGGGCAGUAUGCUGUCAAUCUUCCUUACACCAGUACUACGAGCUGAUGUCCAGUGUUUUGGGGGAGAGUGUUAUCCUUUAGCUUUUGGUGUACCAGCAAUACUUAUGUUUAUUGCUACAAUUAUCUUCAUUGCUGGGAAAAGUCAGUACAAGAUUACACCUCCGGCUGGUAAUUUAGUAGGAAGAGUCUACAAUUGUAUCAAGGCAGGAAUUGUGGGUAAAGUAAAAAGUAGAAGAACUAAGGUGAAAAUGCAACAUUGGCUUGACUAUGCAGAGGAAAAAUUUGAGCCUGAUUUCAUUGAAGAGGUGAAGGAUCUGCUAAAAGUGCUGACUUUAUUUCUACCACUACCUUUGUUCUGGGCUCUGUCAGAUCAACAGGGAUCAAGAUGGACUCUUCAAGCUGCUCAGAUGGAUGGUGAUGUGGGCGUACUUGGUAGAGUGAAACCAGACCAGGUGAUGGCUUUAAACCCCCUUCUUAUCAUCAUCUUGAUUCCUCUGUUUGAACAAGUGGUAUAUCCACUGUGUGACAAAUGCAAAAUUCUGCGAAGUCCCCUGCAAAGGAUGGUGUCCGGAAUGUUCCUAACAGGUGUGGCUUUCGUGGUAGCUGCACUUGUGCAAAUGAAGCUCGACGUGCAGAAAGAAGUUCCACUCUCCUUAUCAGAGAGCGGUGUGACAUUCAUCAACACUUAUCCUUGUCCAGUAUCAUUGUCCUCAUCUAUCUACUCAGGGCAUCUAUCAUUUACACAGGAAUCUGACUAUUUGAGAGUACCAACAGGGUCCAAUGCCAUCUCUGUUACUGCCAACUGUACUGGAGAGACGAUAAAAAAAGAUGUUCAACUUGAUACAAGUUCUGCUUAUAGAAUUUUCAUCUUAAAAUCUGCAGACAAAAGAAAUUUAGAUAUAAACAGGGCAGAAGACCAGAGGAGCAAACCAAGGGAAGGUAACUCUCUUAUCAGUUUUAUAAUGUCAAUGGACACACGAACAGAGAUGACGGUUAAGCUUGUGCAGCAUUCCCACUUCAAGGACAAUCUUAAUCCUGGGUCUCCAGGGAUCAUUUUUCCUGUCUCCAGCUCUGAACCAUCAGUCUAUAAGGAGGUGUACCCUGGAUUAUACGAUAUAUGGCAGCAGAUCCAAGCAGAUGUAAACUCCAGUGAUUCCUGGCAGCUAACUAAUGCUAGUAUGAAUGUAGGCACAGGAGCCUCAUACACAGUUCUAUUGUAUACCAACAAUACUGACACGAUCCACACUGUGGUAUAUAGCAGUGUUACAGCCAAUACAGUGUCUCUCUUGUGGAUGGUUCCCCAGUACGUGAUUAUCACCGUUGGAGAAAUCCUUUUUUCUGUUUCUGGACUUGCCUUUGCAUACUCAGAGGCUCCGAAAUCCAUGAAGUCUGUUGUACAGGCAGCCUGGCUACUUACGACAGCAGUUGGUGAUCUCAUUGUAGUAAUAGUGGCCGAGGCACAGCUCCUACCUAGCCAGACUGCUGAAUUCUUCUUUUUUGCUGCAUUAAUGACAUUUGUGUCCCUCAUAUUCAUGCUUAUGUCGUAUUUCUACAAAUACAGUAAUAUUGCAUCAAAUGAAAGUGAUAAUGAUACUGCAGGGCUCAUCACCAAGGGAGAUCACUCACCAGAUAUACCCAUGGAACAUGUACACUCAAGCUAA